UUCUCGAGUUUCCUAUAACGUAGCUUCUAUUCAUUAUUGUCUCUGUACCUUGCAUGAUGGUGUGACUGCCCCGUUCUACCUUGUUUCUCUCUUCGCCUUACCUUGCCAGCAUCUGGCAAAUCAUUUCUAAAUAUCUCUGGCAUUAGGCGCCACGCAAGCCUAGCUGUCUUCAAAGUCUGAAGAACUCUAGAGCUCAUAUUGCGAACCAACGAAAAUGACGUCUGCCUUCUAUGUCAAGGAGCACCUCGUCGAGGGCCAACACAUCCGGGAAUAUGCCAAUGCCACUGCCCAUUCACAAGACGAAGUUCUCCAUCUGUCUGUAAAACAAUACAUUCCCAGGGACAACCUGCACCCGAAACCCGGUGAUGUUACAGUCAUCGCUUCCCAUGCCAAUGGAUUCGUCAAGGAGCUGUAUGAGCCGCUGUGGGAGGAUCUCGUGAGGGAACUCGGAAAGCAAGGCGUUGGCGUUCGAGGCAUUUGGAUAGCCGAUGUCGCGUGGCAGGGUCAGAGUGGAAUCAUCAAUGAGGACAAAAUUGGAAAUGACCCUUCGUGGCUUGACCACACCCGUGACCUCCUCAACAUGGUCAAUCAUUUCCGGAGGGAGAUGCCUCGCCCUCUUGUUGGGAUUGGCCAUUCGUUUGGUGCCAAUAUCAUCGUGAACUUGGCCCUCAUGCACCCGCGGCUGCUCCAGCAUCUGGUGCUCCUGGACCCUGUUUUAUCCCGCUUUGCCAAACAUGGUCCUGCCUAUGGAUUCUCCCCCAUGAAGCAAUCGUCCUUCCGACGUGACAUUUGGGCGUCCAGGGAGGAGGCCGAAGCGAGUUUCCGCCGCAACAAGUUCUACCAAACGUGGGAUCCGCGUGUCCUCGAUGCCUGGGUCAAGUACGGUAUUCGUGAAACACCGACCAAGUUGUAUCCAGACGCUGGCAAAGCGACCUUGACGACCACAAAGCACAUGGAGGUCUUCACCUACUACCGCCCCACGGCACAAGCCUAUGGCAAGGACGGCAAGAGACAUGUGGAUCGGCAAAAGCUUCCCGACGCGGGCGAUCAUCUGGACAAGUACCCCGACUUUCCCUUCUACCGCCCCGAGGGGACCCUCACGGCAGAGAGGCUACCUGCGUUGAGGCCGAGCGUCUUGUGGGUGUACGGAGGGGAGAGUGAUAUUUCCAGUCCGGAAUCGAAGAAGGAGAAGCGGGAGAUGACUGGUGUGGGGGCCGGGGGCAGCGGCGGUGUGAAGGCUGGCCGGGUAACGGACGUGACGGUUGAUGGGUUCGGUCACUUGGUCCCCAUGGAGGCCACUACUGUCUGUGCCGAAUAUGCCGCCACUUCGAUAGUGCCCGCGAUCGAGAGAUGGCGCCAAGAAGAGGCCGAGUAUCAGAAGUGGGCGAAGAAGUCCGACGUCGAGAAGCAGAUGAUUGAUGACGAGCUAAGAGGGUGGAUCGGUUCUUUGAAGCCGAAGGAGAAGCUGUAGAGAGCUUAGCUGUGUGUUUGCCUUUGCCCUUGUUUCGUUGGGUUGUCAUAUAUCUAGAAUUCGCUCCAGGAAAUACUAUCCAUAGACCGAACUCCCAUGUGUUUCUUCUCCAUUGUUAUUAUAUUUUCCAGGGCAAUUCGGGUGAAUGGCGAGGAGGAUCUCGACUUGUCUCCCCACGGACGUCGAUAUCUGGUUGAUAAUUCGAAUCCUCGUCGGAUACCCUA